AUGAAGCUUUUGUCUUGGAAUAUUAGGGGUGUUGGGCGAUCUGAGAAGCGACGGAAAAUUAGAAUUAUAGUCCAGAAGAGGAUGGUUGAUGUUCUGUUUCGGCAAGAAACAAAAAAGGCUGGAGUGUUCGAAGAAUUGGUCAAGUCUGUUUGGCCAUAUGAUGAUAUGGAGUAUAUGUCAGUUGAUGCUGAUGGUUUUUCUGGUGGUAUUCUAUCCGUUUGGAAGGCUAGUGUGUUUUCACUUGCUAAGUGUUGUAGCUUAAGGAACUUCAUAAUUCUUUCAGGUAUGAUUCUUCCCUGCUUCAAUUGUGCCUUCAUUAAUGUUUAUUCUCCAAAUGAUAUAGCCAGAAGGGGAGUUGUCUGGAAUGCUCUGCGAAAUUUAAAGUCACAGUUUGUAGAUCCUUGGUGUUUAGGGGGAGGGGACUUUAUUGAGAUUAGAAGUAUGGGGGAAAGGAAGGGGUGUACAAGAACAGAUAAAGGGAUGAAGGAUUUUAAUGAAUUUAUUGAGGGUGUUGAACUCUAUGAUGUACCCAUGCAGGGUAGACAAUUUACAUGGAGUAACUCAAGUGUGAGGGGUAGUUGGAGUAGAAUAGAUAGAAUCUUACUUUCACUAGAGUGGCUAGAAAAGUAUAACUUUACGCUAUGGGGUCUUCCAAGAGGGCUUUUCGAUCAUUGCCCUCUUCUUCUAAUGGAGGAUAGCAGGGAUUAG